UCGGCGGAGUCGGGGAAGUGGGGCCGCAGGGCGCGUGGGGCGGGCGGCGAGCGGAGCCGGCCGGAGAGGGCCGGGCAGCGGCCGCCGCCGUCCCGGAGAGCGCGGGUGCGCGCGGGCGGGCGGACGAUGGAGCUGAAUUCCCUGCUGAUCCUGCUGGAGGCGGCCGAGUACCUGGAGCGCAGGGACCGAGAGGCAGAGCACGGCUACGCCUCGGUGCUGCCCUUCGACGGCGACUUCGCCAGGAAGAAGACAAAGGCGGCCGGCCUGGUGCGCAAGGCCCCGAACAACAGGUCUUCACACAAUGAACUAGAAAAGCACAGACGAGCCAAACUAAGGCUCUAUCUGGAGCAGCUCAAGCAACUGGUGCCCCUGGGCCCCGACAGCACCCGCCAUACCACGCUGAGCCUCCUAAAGCGGGCCAAGAUGCACAUCAAGAAACUGGAGGAGCAGGACCGCCGGGCGCUGAGCAUCAAGGAGCAGCUGCAGCGGGAACACCGCUUCCUGAAGCGGCGGCUGGAGCAGCUGUCUAUGCAGAGUCUGGAGCGUGUGCGCACAGACAGCACGGGCUCCGCCGUCUCCACGGACGACUCUGAGCAAGAAGUGGAUGUAGAGGGCAUGGAGUUUGGCCCCGGAGAGCUGGACAGUGUUGGCAGUAGCAGUGAUGCGGACGACCACUACAGCCUGCAGAGCGGUGGCUGCGGCGAUGGUGGCUACAGGCCCCCCUGCCGGCGGCCUGGCCGCCCCGGCCUUUUGUAGGCCCGGUGCCCUCGGCUCCUCAGCCCGCCUGCCGACCCGGCCAAGUGCGCCAGCCCUCCAGUCCUCAAAAGCCUCUCCACGGGCCCGCUGCUGUGCCAUUCUGGAAGCUCCAGCUGCCACCCGGGCUGCCCGCCUCCGCCCACCUGCCGGUCAGGGCCCACCGUGCCGCCCAUCCCUCCCAGCUGGGCAGGGACCCCUGCAGGGAGAUGGGGCCCAGCUCCCACGUCCCGGAGCCCAGCGUAGCUGCCCACGGUCUGUUCUCAGAUUCCUAAUCAUUCCAGAAGUAUUAAAUAUCAUUGCUGCAAAUCUCGGCGGGCACCGUGUGAGGGGCUUAAUGACCACUGCGGGGAGCUCAGACUCCAACCCUGGAUCCCAGGAGAAAGGAGUGGACCGAGGAAGGAAGGAAGGAAGGAAGGCGUGGCUCUCCGUCCAUCUGUCCAUCUGUCUGUCAGUCCACGUAGGCUCCUGAGGCCUGGACAGAGGGACCCAUGAAGGGCGGGACUCGGGUGAGCACCCUGGGGCAAGUGGGUGGAGAGGGGCCUUUGCACCCUAUAGGUGUCAGGAGCUAGGGCUGGGUUCCUGGGGGCAGGCCAGGCCACCCCGCCCCAAGCUGGGCAGCUUCUGCUCUGGUAGGUCCCUCAGAUGUACACACGCACAUGCCUAGGCACACACGCACACAUGCCCACACGCGCACAUGCAGACACACGGGGUCUGGACCCAGAGGGCACGGGUCUUGGGGAGGUCGGCCUUCAAGGCUUGUCUGGGCACAUGCUGGCUACAGGCCUGUGUGUGGCUCCUCCCCCCCAGCCUGGCUCCCCUUCCUGGUCUGCACAGGGUGGGGGGCUCCCCUCCCAGAGGCUGGGGUGCACUGGGGCAGCUGCCUGAAGCUACAGAGUCCUCAGGAGGCUUUCUCAUCUACCUUAAAAAAAAUUUUUUUUGCUGCACUGCCCAGCAGCCCCGAAUGGGGCUCCCAGGAGAGAGGCUUUUUCCCCAAAAUAAGAGAAAUGUUUUUAAAAAGAGAAAAAAGCUCUAAGGACUCCCCGCCAAGUGACAUCAGCGUGUGCUGCCUCAGUUUCCUGAACGAGAUUUUUGUACUCUAUUUUCCUAGCCAUUGUUGUGUCCUUGUUUGCUGAGGGGUGGGAGCGACCCAGCGUCUCAGGGACUCGUCUUGUCUGUCACCGUUGUCCAAGUGUGCCUUGUGUCCCGUGUCUGGCCCCGCCCCACCCACCACCACCAGCAUCUCCCUUGUGGCCCAAGGGGUGCCCCUGGCCCACCCCGCAGGUGCCCUUCUAGCUUCCUCCCCAGGCGGCAGCCACUCCUGGCAGCCACGGCCUUCUGUGGGUGAGAGACUGCCGGGCCAGUCAGGAGUCUUGGGGACGGCUCUCUGUCACCUGGCCCCAUUGCUCGGGGCCUGCCGGGCAGCCUGACCUCAUGGUCUCCCCUGUCCCCAGCUUGACCCUUCCCUGCUCCCCCUGCUUGGGCCGAGGGCUCCGGAUUUCAGAUAUUGGCAGCUGAUGGAGAUAGCCCUUCCCCCUGGGUAGCUGGGCUUGGGCAUUAGGCAGCUUCUCUUGGCCUUUUGUUCCCGAAGUCCUCGUUCGCACAGCAGUAUUUGGGUGGCGUGCUGUGGGGCUGGCCCGCAGCUGCGUCUGCUUCCCUCUCUGGUACGUUGUACCCAAUUUCUGGAUUGUGGAGAAAGUUCGUGUUUGUUUUUGGUCACGCCAAUGGACACCCCCGGGGCGGGUGGCCUCCUGAGGUAGAAAGGGGUCCUGGAAGCAGCUCUGGCACAGAACCUGCCCCGCAGGGGCUCAGGAUGACAUGUGGAGAGCAGGCCCAUGGGAGGCAGAACACGAACUGGGGAGAUUGUCCUGAUAUCUUGCUGGUGGUUGCAAGGAAAACGAUUCUGUCAGCAUCUCCUUCCAGCUUCCCUGGGGGUCCGGAGCCCAGAUCGGCUUCUCCCAUCUGCCAAGUGCCACACAGUGCUUCUUGUGAGCACCCAGCUGGCUCUGAACAGGGUAGGAGGGCCCGAGUAGAAGAUCCUGAUGCAGGAGACACAAGUCUAGAGCCCUGAGAUAGUCUGCGCUCUCAGAUCUUAAAGCACUAGCUCCCCAUAUAGCUGGCAGCUCUGCUCCCACCCCAGCCAGCAGAGUCCUCCCUGGGUGACCAGCUGGGGCCCUCAGCUGACCUUCCUGGCAGUUCAGCCCGUGGCUUUUCAGGCCAUGGUUCCCAUGUGGGCCGGGGAGUUGACCUCACUGGCUGCCUAGGGGCACUGUGGUCUGGAGGCACCUUCCCUAGCCAGGGUCCAGUGCUAGGGAUUGUUCACACAUGCUUUUACCCCGCUCCCUCCAGCUCCCUGUCUUUUACAUAGGUUAGCUGGUGCUGGUGGCCAGAGACUCAGAGGGGGCCCAGCUGAGGCCACGUUGGAUAACUGAGCAUCGUGGAGUCUGUAGGAAGCAGAUGGGACCCAAACAGGGCUGCGGCGGAGUCUGUGACCUCUAUCCACAUGCCCUCCAACACCUGUGUGGGCCAUUGUGGCCCUCGGUGGCUAAGGUUUGGGUCCCCACCCUCACUGGGAGUUGACCCUACACCAGGCCACCACUGCCCCAGUGCAGACCCAGCUGGCUGGGGAGACUUCAAGACAGCUGCUUCUCCUUGGAGCUCUGGGCCUGCCUCUGUAGUUGGGGUCUUGGAGGCCCAGCACCCCAGCCUGCUCUCCAGGGCUGAUGGACCCGUGUGCCCAGCUAGAGCCCUGAGGGCCCCCGCCCUCCUGCCUGCCCCAGACAAUCCCCAUCUGCUGAGUGAGGCAGGCUUCCCCCAUUCUCCCACCCCCUGCCUCUCUCUGGGCCAGCUAACCUGGGGCUCCCUCCCCAUGGCCAUGUACACAGAACUCUGACCCCGGGCCCCAUAUAGGGCAGGUUCUGUGCCAGAGUCUGGGGCUGCCCAGGGGGCCUGGUGCUGGCCAGGUCCGUGCAUCACGAGAUCCUCGCCGGAGAGAAUUGGGUCACCCACCUGCCUGUUUACCGGGAGGGACUGUGCUGUACCAUUCUGUCUUUGUAAUAUAAAUACAGAUUUUUAUACCUCA